AUGGAAUCAAUCAUCGCCCAAGCCCGAUUUCUUGCUGGAGAAGCCGAUGGGGCAGGCCGGGCUAAGAUCCGGGAUGCUCUCCGUCAGUUCCUGUUAGAAUUGGAGACGCCCAAAGACUUGCUCAUGGGCAUUUUCAACAAUCACUUGCAGAUUGGCGCCGUUCGUCUCGGUAUCGAAUCGGGGUUAUUCCGGUCAUUUUCCCAAAGCGAGAUACCUCUGCAGGUAGAUCAGGUCGCCGAGAAAACCGGUGCGAGUCCUCAGUUAUUCGAAUGUAUACUUCGCUAUCUUGCGUCAAAUGGCUUCGUCAUAGAAGCAGAUCAUGGAAAGUUCAAAGCAAACAAAGCAACUCAUACUCUGGCAAGUCAGAUGGCCGAAGCCUUCAUUUACCAUGCCUUCGACAAUUGUGGCCCAGCCAUCCAAGAAUUCCCUAGCUUCUUCGCAGAGACGCGCUACCAGGAGAUCACCACCAACACCAAUACGCCUUUCCAGAAGGCCUUCCAUACUGACCUUACAUGCUUUGCGUGGCUUGCUCAACGGCCGGAACGGUUUAAUGCCCUACAGCAUGUAAUGACUGCACUCGAAUCAACCGACUGGGCAGUUGGGUUCAGCCGAUUCGAAAAGGAAGCUUGUGCUAUAAUCCGGCGCCCUCAGGACUCGCGCAGAUCGUUCCUUGUCGACGUGGGGGGUGGCCACGGCCAUCAAUGCAUCCAACUCAUACAGAAAUACCCAAAUCUCAGCGGAUGGCUCAUCCUCCAAGACCUACCACAAGCAGUCGAUCAGCUCCCCAAAAUCGAUGGAGUAGAAACCAUGGCAUAUGACAUCUUCCAGACACAGGUCGUCAAAGGCAAGUCCUGCAUCUAUACUCAGAACAACUGCCCCAGUAUCACACCGUCCCCGACUGACAUACAAACGAACCCUCAAGGCGCCAAAUUCUACUACCUCCGUAGAAUCCUUCACGCCUAUCCCGACUCCCAGGGUAUCCAAAUCCUUAGGAACCUACGCACGGCAAUGGCCCAUGAUUCGCAGAUCCUCAUUGACGAGAUGGUCUUGUCGGAGACUAACGUACCCUGGCAGGCGACACUGGCCGAUCUAUCGUUGAUGGUCUCCAUGGGCGGAAAGGAGCGCUCAAAAAAACAGUGGGAAAUGCUUGCUGAACAGUCCGAUCUACGUGUGGCAGAAUUCCAUACCUAUGACAACUCAGACAAUUUCUCGGUCAUCGUGAUGGAGCUGAGAUAG